AUGGUGGUGUUUAUUUUCUGUGCAUGCUGUAUGUCUUUGAAUGUAUUAUUCGGUAAAAUACGACGUAUGGUAGAAAUUAGAGACCUUGAACGGAAGUCGGAACGGGAGGCACAGAUUGCUUCCAUCGUCUACUACAACUCGACACUUGCAGGGUUAGUUCUUACUGGCAACGUUUUCGAUCUUUUGGUCUCUUCCCUUCAAGGUACCUAUGGGUCCCUUAUGGUCCCUUCAAGGUCCUCUUUUGGCCCCUAUAGGUAUUAA